UUGUACUGCACAAAGUGCUAUUCCAGCGCAAUAACCACAAAUAGUUUGAGUAUUAUCAACAGUAUAAAGAUGAUGCGAAGACCCAGAGCGACUACUGUCAACGCUGUAAAGUACAAAGAUGUGGACUCCGACCUAUCUUUUUCCCAAACGGUGAGUAGUGAUGAGGAUGCUGAGGAAUGGAGGCCACCGAAGCCAAAGUCAAAAGCCCCCAACAAAACUGCUAGAGGUACUGCAACUGGUGAAAAGAAAACAACUGCCAAGAAAACUGCAAAACCAAAAGAGGCAAAAGCACCCAAAGAACCUAAAGCUCCCAAAGUGCCUAAAGAACCUAAGCUAAGGGCACCACGUAAACCUGCAGCAGGACGAAAAACACAGGCUGCUAAAAGUCUAAAGGAUUCUGAAGCCUCAGUGUUGGCUGGAAUGGAGAGGAAAAAAGUGGAUAAUGAUUAUAGAGAAAAAACAGGAGGAAUUCAAACUGACUGUCCAGAGGAAACGAGGGCUGAAGAGAGCGGGACAAGUGUCAGAACGAAGGAAGAGAGGGUGUCAUUUAUUGUGUCAGAAUCCUAUCAGAGAGACAGAUGGGCAGACGAGGGGUCUUCACAAGCUUGGCUUGGAGUGAAGAAAGAGGAAGUAGAUGCGGAGGAUUUUACUUUUGAUGAGCCCUGUUUAAAGAAACAAAAGACCAGUGCUGCCUGCAUGGGACGGCCGACUAAUUUACCAUCAUCUGAAGCGCAGUCUUUGAGGAAUGAACUCAAUAUGAACUGGGACUUGAUAGAGGUGCUGUCCCACUUGACAUGUGUGGAGCGAUGGGUAUGUGCAAACAUCAUUAUGCUGCUUCGUGAGGAGAACACUGUGCCGUUCAUGGUGCGCUACAGGAAAGACAUGAUUAACCACAUGGAUGCUGAUGCUGUUCGAGAUGUCCAGAUGGUUUAUGAGGAGUUAUGUUCUUUGGCAAAGAGGACUCAGUCUGUGGUUCAGACCCUGAAGAAAGAUGGGGUGUUAACAACUGAACUGGAACAAAACCUGAGGAACUGCCGUUCAGCUGAUGAACUGGAUCAUGUGUACUCCCCCUAUAAGAAAGGCAGCAAGCUGACAAAAGCUCGCAGGGCCAAAGCACUUGGCCUUGAGGACGCUGCUUCUGCAUUGAUGAACACACCACACACUCUAGAUUUAAGGGCAUGGAUAAAACCUGGUACUGAAGGUCUGUCAUCAGUGGAAGAAGUGGCUACAGGUGUGGAGCACAUAUUGGCUGAUAUGAUGGCCAAAGAUCCUGAAACACUCACCUACGUGAAGACAUUAUGUGAGAAAAGUUUUGUAAGCAUACAGUCGUCUGUGUCUAAGUCGGCAUUAAAGGAAAAGGAACAGGCGAAACCUGUCCAAGGCCACAAAACAAAAGCAGGCGCCGAGCAAAAUAAAAACAAGGACAUUGACAAGUUCCAACUCUACUUUGACUUCACCUGUAACAUCCAACGUAUCCAACCCCAUCAGACGCUGGCUAUUAACCGAGGGGAGAGUCUCAAGAUUUUGACAGUGAAGGUGAACAUCCCCGACAGGGUGAAGAGUGACUUCACUAGGUGGUGCAUCAACAACAGGUGGAGGCCAAAGACAUUUGCAAAAGAAGAACUUCAUGCAAUCAUUAGGAAUGCAGUGGAGGAUUCAUAUAAAAGGCUUAUUCUUCCUUUCCUCACCAGGAGUUACAGGACUAAGCUGACGAGUGCAGCGGAGAAGGAGUCAAUCGCCAUGUUUGUGCGCAACCUCCGCCAGCGCCUGUUGGUGUGUCCAGUGAGAGGCUGUGUCAUCAUGGGGGUGGACCCUGGCUUCAGACAUGGCUGCAAGCUGGCAAUUCUCUCACCUACUAGUCAGAUUCUCCAAACUGAUGUUGUGUACCUGCAUAAUUCAAACCAACCAAGGGAAGCAGAGAAAUUACGCCACCUUAUGACCAAAUACAGCUGUAGUAGGGUUGUCAUUGGCAAUGGGACAGCAUGUCGGGAAACAGAGUCCUUCUUCGCUGACCUCAUCUCCCGGCGGUAUUUUCACCCGCUGGAUGUGUCCUAUUGUAUAACCAAUGAGGCAGGAGCAUCCAUCUACAGUGUGAGUCCCGAGGCAGUCCAAGAGAUGCCAGACCUGGACCCUAACCUUAGGAGUGCAGUGUCGAUUGGAAGACGUGUCCAAGAUCCGCUGGCUGAGCUUGUGAAGAUUGAUCCCAAACACAUAGGCAUUGGAACAUAUCAGCAUGACGUGUCAGCUGGAGCUUUGAAGACAGCAUUGGAUGGCGUGGUGCAGGAGUGUGUGAGCUUUGUUGGUGUGGACAUUAACAUCUGCUCUGAGAUACUGAUGAGGCAUGUAGCAGGCUUAAAUGCGGGAAGGGCACGGAGUAUCACAGAAUGGAGAGAGCAGCACGGUCCCUUCAUCAACAGGGAGCAGCUGAAGCUGGUCAAAGGCAUGGGGCCCAAGUCCUACCAGCAGUGUGCUGGCUUCAUUAGAAUAAACCCACAAACUCUAUCCAGUGUCAGAUCAUCAUCUAACCAGGCACCAGAAGUGCCCGAGAAACCUGCAGCUAAGAAAGGCAAGGGAAAAACUGGUGUCAACGUCUCAACCUCAUUUAACCCCCUCGAUCAGACCUGUAUACACCCGGAGUCCUACCAUGUAGCACAAAGAUUUCUGUCUCUUGUGGGUGGGAGUGUGGACCAAAUUGGGAGUACAACCCUGAAACACUGUGUGGAGAACAAAGUUAAGACAAGCAGUGUAGAGGAGCUGGCCCGCACCCUGGACACCACACCCGAGACCCUCAAACUCAUUAUAGACGGCCUGACGCAGCCCCCCGGGUUUGACAUACGACAAAAUUUUGGACAAGCGGACUUUAAGCGGGGCGUUGUGUCCAUGAGUGAUCUGCGGGUGGGUGCUGUGCUGACAGGCCGUGUGGACAACACCGCUCUGUUCGGGGCUUUUGUAGAUAUUGGCGUUGGCCGUGCAGGCCUCAUCCACAAGAGCAACAUCACCCUGGACAAGCUGCCUGUCAGCCAGCGUCGUCGCAGCCUGGCUCUAGGACCUGGGGAGCGAGUGGAGGUCCGGGUCCUGAAUGUUGACCUUCAGAGGGGACGGAUUGGGCUGGACCUGAUCAGGGUCUUGCAAUAGAGUCACUUAAUACCUAUGAUUGUCACUAGAAGUGUGACAGAAAAUUACAGGUUUUAAACUGCUAAGGCCUGAGAUACACAGACCUUGGUCAGUGACCCCCCUGGCAGUCUCUGAUUCUUAGGGUAAAAUGUCUGUUUUGUGACCCACUGACAAGUAAUUCCUGAAGGCUGGUGGCAGUGACUAUUUGAGUUGUUGUAAAACUUGCUGUGCCUCUCCACUGCAACCAACACUUGAAUUGAAUUGAUUUCCUCAGGCAACAACUUAACAACCAGUCAGGGAAUACACAUUUUACCCCCCAUGACCAGUGCUCACCAGAUGGUUGCCGACCACUCUCGAAUCCUGUGUGACUAGUGCCUAACUUGGCUAGUUUUAAAAUGAUCAAUUUCAGUGAACAGCUGUUACAAGUUUAGAAAUAAAAGCAAAAAUUUCAAGUCAUGUUUAACAGUUAGGACUCUUCAUUUGGGACUUGUUCUCAGUCUGUUUGUCAUUUAGAGGGGGUGCUUUGCUCGGGACAGAGCACUACACCUGUUUGCUGAACUAAAGGCAGAAAUAUGUUUUCUGAUCUUGAAAUGAAGACUCUGAUUGGAUAGCUUAGUGAGAUGAUAUUACAAUUAUUUGCACUUUAGUUGUUUGUAAUGCUGAAUACGACAUACUUGAGCGACUAUUGCUACUGUUUGUAAUACUUGGUAUUCUCAUUAUUUUCUUGGAUUAUUACUUGAAUAAA